GUUAUCAGUGCACAGAAUAAAAAUUUAUGGAAUGUUAAAAUUUUGUCUAAAAUCGUCAGUCCGCUCAGUCGUGUUGUCUACUUCAAACUUUGUUUUGCUAAGAAAAAUGAGUGCUGAAAAAUCGUCUUGCAUAUUUUGCAACAUAGUAAAUAAGUUAGAAAACACCGAAUUGUUGUAUGAAGAUGAGUUCGUUUGUGUAUUUAGGGAUAUUAAACCGGCAAGCAAAUACCAUAUUUUAACGGUACCAAAACGGCAUAUUGAAGAUGCGAAAGCACUUACACCGGCUGAUAAGGAUUUAGUUGAAAUGAUGUUCUCCAUCGCCAAAGACAUGCUUGCUCAGAACAACCUGUCAAUCGAAGAUGCAAGAUUCGGCUAUCACUGGCCGCCGUUCAGGAGCGUCAGGCAUUUACACCUACACACUAUAGCACCAGAGUCUGAGAUGGGAUUCUUGUCAAAAAUGGUAUUCAAAAAGGAUUCGUAUUGGUUCGUUUCGCCUGACUAUGUAUCAUCCAGGCUAUAAGUGUUGCCAGGAGAGAUUAGUAAAUAUUAUAUUAUAGUCAAUUGGUUAUAACAAUAUAAAUGAUGUUGGCAACACUGCCACAUAAACUUUAGGAAAAUAUUGAUGUUAUUAAUUAUUAUUUAUUAAAUUUUAUUCCGAUGAAGAAUUAUUAUUUAUAAUAUGUUUUGGGGUAAUUUAUGGGAUAGAAAUAAUAAUAAGACAGUGAUGACUGUUUAUAUGGUUUAUAUCUUAUUAGGCCGGUUGCAGAGCUUCACCGACCAUCAGUGAGU